GUCACAAAUGUCAAAGAUUAUCCUGUUACUCAGGGUUCGCAUUCGUUCCGUUUGCAGUUCGCUGUGGUUCGCGGUGUAAAUGAUUAAUUAGUAAUAUUUAGCGGUGUUAAAUAAUUCAUCGGCGUGCAAUAUGGCACAGGACAACGGAGACGCUACCACGAUGAAGACCAAAAAGCCGUCUGAUUCUGCCUUCAAACAGCAAAAACUCCCUGCCUGGCAGCCAAUACUCACCGCAGGAACCGUACUGCCAGCAUUCUUCGUCAUUGGCAUCGCCUUCAUCCCAGUUGGAAUUGCGCUCCUCUUCUUCUCCGACGAAGUAAAGGAAAUAAUAAUCGACUACACGAAUUGCAACAAAACCAAAAUCGCCGCGGAUGGGUUCGUCCGUGAUUUGGAAAUACCCUGCCACACCUACAUGAAGGAACAUGACGACGAAUGCCUCUGUAACAUCAUGUUCAAACUAGACACGGAUUUCAAGGGGAAAGUUUACAUGUACUACGGGUUGAGUAACUAUUACCAGAAUCAUCGCCGAUAUGUAAAAUCACGCGAUGAUAACCAACUAUUGGGCCGUUUGGAUCAGUUCCCAUCUUCGGAUUGUCAACCAUUCGCGUAUGAUGAUCAAAAACGACCGAUUGCGCCAUGUGGCGCCAUUGCCAACUCGUUAUUUAGCGAUGUAUUAUCAAUAAAAAAUCUUAAUAUAAAAGAUCCGAAAACUGGAGAGCAUCCACCAGUGCCACUGUUGAAAACUGGCAUCGCCUGGGAUUCUGAUAAGAAUAUUAAGUUCCGCAACCCGCCGGGUAAUUUACAGGAAGCUUUUCGGAACUUUUCGAAACCCAAGGCGUGGAAGAAGGAAAUCUGGCAGUUGGAUUUAGAAGAUCAGAACAAUAACGGGUUUCAGAAUGAGGAUCUUAUUGUUUGGAUGAGGACAGCUGCAUUACCGACGUUCAGGAAGCUGUAUAGACGCGUGGAUCAUUCGCAGCCGACGUAUGCCGAUGGGUUACUCAAAGGGGAAUAUGAAUUAAUCGUUGAUUAUCAAUAUGAUGUGAGCGCAUUCGAUGGUUCAAAACGCAUGAUUCUCAGCACAACUUCACUGCUAGGAGGGAAAAAUCCAUUCCUAGGAAUUGCCUACAUAGUUGUAGGCUGUGUGUGCUUACUUCUGGGCAUCGCACUGCUGUUCAUUCACAUUAAAUACGGCAAGAGCACUAGUGAAAUGAUCAGUGUAAAUCCGAGGACGCCGUAUCAGUAAAUAACCGAACCGGAACAAAUGGCUUGACAGCGGUGGUGGUGGCGUUGAAAGUAAACUGGCUUGCCUAUAUUAUACAAUGCAAACACAACACACAUAUGCAACCACACAUACACAUAGGGAGUAUUAUAUCAUAAAUUAACAGACAACACAUUCCUAGAUGUGACCAAAGUGGCCUUAGCAGAAUAUUUUAACUAAUUAGUAACUACUACUGUGAGUGAGUGUUGUUUAUGUGCAUUCUGUGUCUAUGUGUAAAUAAUGUGCCAAUUGUGUAUGCUUUUUCUGUUUGUUCUCUGUACUUAGCCGAAUCCACCAUGUUGAUUAAUUGUUUAAUUACCUGUUAGAUGUUUGAGCGGGCGACGUUUUAAUUUAUUUGUAUGCAUUUUUAUUACUUGAACGAUGUUAUAGGCGUGUACGAGUUAAUAAAGGCACGGAUUUGUGUAACACACAA